CGACUGUCGUCACUGAGAGAAUAAAGUUGCUGUGAGGAGGGCAGAGCCGCCGUGUUGUGGACAGGAACCAUUCAUCACACGAUAUCUGACCUUCAGGCCUUUGGGUUGAAACGUGCUCGACAGUAAACAACCGAAACAAAUAUCUGUUGUCUCCCUGAAAUCUGGCCGGAGCCUCAGCUGCCACGACAGAAGGAUGGCGUCCAAGGACGACGGCGAGUUUGACGCCCUGGCUCCGGACAACAGCCUGGUCUGGACUCCGGACACGUCCGGGCUGGAGGGGACCGCCGACCGGCUGGAGCAGGUGAUGAAGAACAUGGAGGAGCUGCUGUUGGACGUGGAGCAGCUGCGGAGCGAGUGCAGCCUGCAGGCAUCUGAGCUGGUCCGCGCGGCGGGCGACCUGAGGCAGCAGCAAGAAGAGCUGAAGGAGAGUUACGCUGACUUGUCCAGAGACAUGCAGGAGAUCAUGGAGUCGUUUGAAGAACUCUUCAGCAGCAGGAGCGACUCGGCAAGCACAGUGGAGCAGGCAGAUAAACUGAACCAGCAGCCCACGGGGAAAGAAAGUGACUGAUAGACUUUGUUUCUCGUUGAGUGUGUGGUUUUGAAUUCGGAUGUGUGCGUCAAAAUGUGGUUUGGAUUGGUAUCGAGGUGGGGCGGAUGUUUUGCUGCAACGCUUUAAUGAGAUCCUUAAAUUUGAUUAUAUACACUUUUCUGUAGUGCAAAUUACACUUUCCAGGUUCUAUAUUUGACAAUCACUUGCACUGGAAGGCAGUUUGUAAAAUGCAUUGUUAUGUGUCAUUAAAUAAAUGCAAAUGCACGCAGCCUCAAUAAUAGCUGAUAAGAUGAAACAAAACCUCUGUGGAGUAGUUUUAAUAAAAAGGUCAAUGAAAUGUUACAUGGGUGGAAUUUGGGGCAUUCACGUUAUAUUUCCACUCGUCUUUAACACACAUUAGAGAGACCUGCGUGUCAACAAAUGAUUUACUUUGACUUCUGCUGUCGUUCUUUUUGACCCUACACACACACACAAAAAACACACACAUACAUACAUCACAACUAUCAUUUUCCACCACCAUGGGGGUUGAAAGUAUCUUACUCCUAUCAGCCUGGAUGGAUCCUCCAGCAUCUGUGGAGCAGCAAUGUUGCUCUUUGUCGCCUCACUGUCGCCUUUCUUGCAUAUACUCCUCCAUCCAGGCUCUAAAUAGAGCAGUGUGUGUGUGUGUGUGUGUGUGUGUGUGUGUGUGUGUGUGUGUGUGUGUGAGUGUUAUUUUCAAGUGGGUGAGUGUGUUCCUCCAAACACAGAGUGUGCUCCUCUGCUGUGAAUUACUGGUGUGUAUUUAGUGGUUAUGGGACGUAAAAGGGACAAUCGGUGGCCAACGACUUCAACAUAAAACCAUCAACGCUGACUGGUAACUUGGCAAAAUCUCUCUGACCCUCAAUCUCACUUUGGUGGGUUUCUAAAUGUGUCAACUUUUGAAUGUUGGCUAUCCUGCAAAAAUUGGAGCCAGUUGUUGCUGUCACAGUGUUUGUGAUAUUGUUGAGUUUUUAAAGAAUGUGCAUUCAUCAUUAGAGUCUAAUCCCAGAGCAAACUAGAUUAAUCCAUCCCAAAUACUACAAAAAAGUUUUUUAUGGCAUGACAAGAUAAUAUGAUUAUAUGAACCACAGCUGUUUUUUCUUGUGUUUCAGACAAUGGAAAGCACAUCGGGUUGUAUUUUCUAUCUGGGGACACAUGCCGGCUAUAAAUAAUAUGAUUUAUGAGCACAUAUUGUUUAUUAUGCAUUCAAUAAAAAGUAUUAUCACAUGUGAACGUCAAGAUUAAAACCAUUAAACUGUUUCCCUUGAGAUGUUUCAUUGUUGACUGUAGGGAUGGUAACAAAAACAGUAUCCUAAAAAAAUUCUCCCUCGACAAAGAAGCUUUCAAUAAUUGUCCAAAGGAUUCAUGCAAAAGGCAUCAUUUAUUCAAUUGAAACACAUGCUGUACGGAUUUGAUAUUAAAUUACAAGGGUUUUGACCUGAAACACCGUUCAACACAUAGGAUAUCUCAGUUUAAAUUCAACGUUUAAAAGAAGAUCACUUCGUUUGGAAUUUUCUGUGUGGUUGAAACCGGACACUUAAUGAGCCGUGGUGUUGUUGAGCAGAGAGGCUGAGGAGAUACAAAAGCCGGGCGUCAGUGCCCACCUCCAUCACGAGAGAGGAGCACAGCCCUCUGGACGUUCUACGGAUCCCUUUGGAGAAGUUGUGCAGCAGUUUCUGGUGAAAAUGAACGUCCUGCAGGUCUUGGGUCUCCUACAGCUGCUGGCAGUUCCUGCUUUCACUCUGGGGCGGCCAACCCGCGACCACUGGGGACAGUUUGGGGCCUACGGGCCCUGCAGCCGCACCUGUGGAACGGGGGUGACAACGAGGACCAGGACAUGUAUCACUUCCAGGACAGAUGGUGGACAUAAUUGCAUCGGCUCCUCCAAGUCCUUCCGAACUUGUAACACACAAGAAUGUCCGGUUGGAUCCAGGGACUUCCGGGAGGAGCAGUGCUCCCAGUUCGACAGAGCGGACUUUCAGAGCAAGAGCCGCACAUGGGUGCCUUUUUAUGGAGCAUCCAACCCAUGUGAGUUGAGCUGCGUCCCAAGAGGAGAGAACUUCUUCUACAGACACAGAGCUGCCGUGGUGGAUGGGACACCCUGCUAUGUGGGCCAAACUGAUAUCUGUGUGGAAGGCGUCUGCAGGAUACUGACCCAUGCAGAGUUCGUGGGCUUGGAUGGCGACGCUGACGCAGCUCACUCUACUGCUGUGGCUGCUGUCGCCCCUCCCCCGAAGGAGACCCUCACGUACAUCUACAAAGUCGGUGUGUAUGGCCAGUGCUCCGCCUCCUGCAAUGGAGGCACGCAGCAUCGCAGCGUGGAGUGCCGGCUUGAGGGCCGAGCGGACCCCCGUGCGGCGGAAGAGUCUCACUGCGUCGCCCAGCGCCUGCAGAGGCCACACAGCCAGCAGGCCUGCAACAUGCAGCCAUGCGUUGCUGAGUACAGCGUCUCCAGCUUCAGCGUGUGUUCGGUGACUUGUGGGGAAGGCAAGCAGACGAGGGCGGUGACCUGCGUGGGGUCAAGAGGUGAACGUCUACCUAACCGGGCUUGUGUGGGACUGGCAAAACCCCCUUCGGUCCAGGCCUGCCGCAGACCCGCCUGUUACACGCACGUCACCUGGCAUGUGACUGACUACGGACUGUGCACCAGGAGCUGCGGUGGUGGUGUGAGAGAGAGGCGAGUGAGCUGUUUGGAUAUGGAUUUGAACUCCUACCCAGAGGCCCGGUGUGGAACAGCUACCAAACCUCUCGCUGUGGAAACAUGCAACGCAAAGCCGUGUCCCAGAGCUCAAAUGGUUCCAAGUGUGCAGGAUCCAAGGACCCGUGAGAGCACCAUGACAGGAUUUGUACCUCAUGUUCCAGAAGACCCUCCAGCUCCCAGGCGGCAAACGGACAUUGCCUUCCCUCCUGUGAUUGGUCCUUACUGUGCACAGUCAUUACACGGCUGCUGUCCUGACGGGCACACCUCCGCCACGGGGCCGAGGAACGAGGGCUGCACACAGGACGACUGUGUUCGCACCAGGUACGGGUGUUGUUUGGAUGGUGUGACUGCAGCUGGAGGAUUUGGAAGGGCUGGAUGUUCAGAGUACCCGACCGCUGUGCAACACAAGGCACCUUCUACCCUUCCAUCCUCUGGGAAUGUGUGCUCCAUGCCUCGUGAUGAGGGCCCCUGUGAUAAAUGGAAGGUCCGCUUCUACUUUGACUCUGGCGCAGGAAAAUGCACUCAGUUCUGGUAUGGAAGCUGCCACGGCAAUGCUAAUAACUUUGUGUCCAUGGAAGCGUGUCAGAGAGAGUGUGGGAACGUGAUGAUGACGGAGUCCGGCCCUGCACCUCACAAAGGGACCCCAAGGAGAAAAGGCACAAAGUAGUGCUUUGAGGGCACGGGCAUGACCCUGCUCCCCGAUAAUUCCUCCAAACACUGUUAUAAUCAGAGUUUGAGGCUACUCUUGUGAUAUUUACACUCUUGAAAUUCACAAACAUGUAUUCUAAAACUUACCAGAUCCCGCCCUUAUUUGAAACAUCAGACUUUAUGUUAAUCUAUUUAGAUUGUCUCACAAUAAAACUGACAUGAACUCUGCUCGUGGUUCUGAUUUUGUUAGUUUGAGCUUUGUUUUUGUUUGAUGCUCAUUAUAUUUUGCUUUUACACAAGGACUACGAUGAAACAAUGUCAAUGUGAUAAUAAGUUACAUCUAAAACCUAAUCAAUAAACUUUGAGCUAUCUGGUAAGAAA